GUCAAAGUUCUUGUACUUGUAUUGUGAAUUGGAUAAUGUAUGCUUAAUCAUUUUUAAAUCUAAGUAACCUAUUGUCUGUGCUCGGUGUCAUGAACUUCUUAAUGCCUUAUUUCAUGAUGGAGAGAAUUUGCAUGUAGAAAACUAGUUAUUUUUUGUGAGUUGAGAAAUUAAUUGCUUUUAGAGAUGCUUAUGAAAUGUAGGUUAGUUUUUUGUGGGAUCUAAGAAAGUUUAUGUGAUAUAGACAAGAUCUAGUCCGUAUGUUAAGAUAUUUCCUUGCUAAUUAUUUUUUGUUUUGUUUGCUGGUUCGUUUUUUAAGUUUGAGUCCUAGCUGAUCCUAGAUGUUUAAUUGAAAAAAAUUAGUAAUUUAAAAAUGUUACAGCAUGCCUAUUGACAGCAUAAGUAAUGACUGCUGAAGGCCAUGCUUUCAGUGAACUCUCAGUUUACUAGCUCUGAGUUAAUGUAGCAGUAGCAUUGAGUGAAAUUGGCUGAACUCCAGAUAUGUAUAAUGAUCACAGCACGCUUUGGAUUAAUGGGGGUGGGGGUUGUGGCUAGAUAAAACACAUUUUAUUUUGCCAAGAAGUAUGUUAAAAUGAUAGUUGUAAAUAAAUGUUAGAAGUUUAGAACAAAAUAGCUUAGUGUGUUCUUUUUUUCUUAAAUCAUAAAACAAGCUAGAUGUUGACAUUGCUAUUUUAGGCUGUGUGUUUUCCAUAUGCUUCUUGCUUUCCCUGUCACAGGUGGUGGCAGCAAUAUUGGUGUGAUUGAGGUUAUGCUGGCACCACGCACACAGGCGCACAAUGGUGUUAGCUGGGCAGAAAGAGUGGCAUCUCUGGCUACCGGGCUGGGGGCGACCUUUACCCUAGGAUGAAGUAACCUUGCAUUCGGCUGCAAGGUGUACUGUACGUACACAGGUGCUGGUCGAUGUCCACUUUCUGCUUUUCUUUCUUUUCUUUUCUUUUUCUUUUUUUUUCCUUUAAAAAAUAAUUUUCCCCACAGUAAAAUCCAGACUCCUGAGUAAAUUGAUCUUCUAAUUUGGAAUUGAGAGUCUGACAAGUGAACCCAAUUUAAUAUAAAGAAAUUGGUUUUUGAGUGCUUUCUCUGUUGCUUUUUGGAAUUUAAGAUAUUGGCAGUACCUUAAGUCAUUGACCCAGUUAUUAUACUUUUGGAAAUAACUUGUGCAGAAAGGAGAAGAGGAAAGGAUUGCUCUGUCCCAAGAGGAGGGGCACUGUCUCACUAGGCUUGCUGUAAACCUCCAAGCUUGUGUUUAAUCUAACAGACGGCAGUAUGCUUUAGAAUCCUGACUAGAGCUCCUGGGGAGGCAAGUGGAUCACAAAUUCAAGGCCAGCCUGGGCUUCUUAGUUCAAGGCCAGCCCAGACAUCUUAGUGAGACACAGCUUCAAAGCAAAAACAAAAAAAAAACCAAAACCAGCAAAACUUACUUACAGCCUUCUGCACAGUCUUUGGAUGUUUAAAAUCUAAAGUGUAUGUGAACUUAUUUUUAAGUAAUUUAACUUUUAUGCUGAAAAUGACUAGUGAUUAUAGUCAGUUUGGAAAAAUAAAACUUAAUCACAAAAAGAAAAGUUGUAAUUAUAUAAAAUUGCACUUUCAUUUGUAAUGUGGUUUAACAUCUGUAUUGUUUGCCAACAAAAUUACAUUUUGGCUGUGAAAAUUCUCUUUUCUUGCAGUAUCUGUUUCUCUUCCUAGGCUCUCGGUGGUGACCCAAGCCUAUUGUAAACAAGUGAUUAUCUCAAAGGGAGAUGCCAAUGGAGUAACAAUUUGCUAACAUUGCAUUUUCUGUCUGUAUAUAUUUUUAAAAAUUGGUAGUUUCUGGAAAAAAAAAGAGAAAGGGGUUUUCCUUUGGAAUAUGGAUAAAUACACCAUGAUAAGGAAACUAGAAGGACAUCACCAUGAUGUUGUAGCUUGUGACUUUUCUCCUGAUGGAGCAUUGCUAGCUACUGCAUCUUAUGAUACUCGUGUGUAUAUCUGGGAUCCACACAAUGGAGACAUUCUGAUGGAAUUUGGGCACCUGUUUCCCCCGCCCACUCCAAUAUUUGCUGGAGGAGCAAAUGACCGAUGGGUACGAGGUGUGUCUUUUAGUCAUGAUGGACUCCAUGUUGCCAGCCUUGCUGAUGAUAAAAUGGUGAGGUUCUGGAGAAUUGGUGAGGAUUGUCCAGUACAGGUUGCACCUUUGAGCAAUGGUCUUUGCUGUGCCUUUUCUACUGAUGGCAGUGUUUUAGCUGCUGGGACACAAGAUGGAAGUGUAUAUUUUUGGGCCACUCCAAGGGAAGUCCCUAGUCUUCAACAUUUAUGUCGAAUGUCAAUCCGAAGAGUGAUGCCCACCCAAGAAGUCCAGAAACUUCCGGUUCCUUCCAAAGUUUUGGAGUUUCUCUCCUAUGUGUUUAGAAGGAAAACUCCCUUUCCUGGUAGGGCCUGACAGAACGCAAGACACACCUCAAGCUUUACCAACUUAAGCAUUUGUUCUUAAAGGCUCGGAAGAUGUAUUUAAUUUGACUCUUACACUUCAUUUCUUUUAAAGCAUUAUUUAUAGACCAUAGGAGAAAUAUUUCUGAACAUAUCAUGUAAUUUUUUUAAAGAUUAACUGUGAAAACAUAGACAUACCUGUAUAUAUUUAGAUACAAGCUGCUAUGUAUUGAACGGGCCCUUUUGGUUUUCUAACUCUUAGUUCUGACCUGUAUAUAUUGCUUUAGUAGAGCCACGGUGUAAAUAUGUGCUAUUUGUUGGAACAAACUCAAUGGAAUUUGAGUUUAGGUGAUGCUGAAUUAAAGCAGAAUUGCCUCAUAGGAAAUGAAAUUGGUUAGGAUGGAAGGUGUCAAACUGACUGAGAGAGACUUUUUGAAUAUGGAAAAGAUUUUCCACAAGAAUGGUGUCAGGGAGUUUGAAUGUGACAUUUAAGAAGAGCCAGUAAAAAAGGUAGCUAGGAAAAAGUUUUUUCUGUAGGCCUUAAUAUUGAAAGCAGCUACUUAUCCCUCAGAGAAUAAAGUAUUAUGCAUUGUUGUCAAUUUGAAAAAUACACCUACUGCAUUAUUGCUGAAUAUUUUGAUAAUACUAAGGGACAGUUAUUUUAAAACUGUGGGUUCUUUUUUAAAAAAAAAAACACAAAACCACAUAUUCUGUUUCUUCAGAGAAUGGUAUUGGUGACUUGCCAAAGAGAAGCAAUACAUUAUAUCUGCUUUUGCCUUUUGUUAUUUUUCUCAUCUGCAGAUGUUGAGAAUGUAUGCAUUAUGUAAAAUGCUUGUUUUAUAUCUUUGGGUUUUUUAAAUUAAAAGAUAUUAAAAAGUAA